AUGAAAACAUCAAAACAAGCACAACAAAUGCAAGAAAUUCCGAUUUAUGCUAUGGCUCAUGUACCACCAUUUCCAAGAAAAUCAACUUCAAAUCAACUUCAAUCAUCAUUACCACCCAAUUUUGUAGAAUCAAUCAGAUUAAAUUCAAAAAUGAAUACCGAAGGAAUCAUUGAUACCCAAUUUGAACAGACAUAUUCUAGAUCAUCACCAUCAUUAUCAUAUCCCUCUUCAGCACCAUCAUCAUAUACUUCUUCAGCACCAUCAUCAUAUACUUCUUCUUCAACAGCAACAUCAUAUUCUUCAACAGAUUCAUCAGAUUCGAAUUUAGACAUUCCAAGGAUCAGAAGAAGAAAAAAGAAACUUUCGAAAAUUAGGAUGUCUACUAGAAAUCGAUUUGAAAGGUUUGAAAGCUCAUCUGAUGGUGAUGGUGAUGCAGAUGUAGAAAAAGAUGAAGAUGAAGAUGAAUCUAAAAUAAUCUCAAAGAUUAAACAUCGAAAAUUAAAGAAAAUCAAUUCAUCAAAAUCUUUAAAUUAUCAUUCUCAACUUCGAUUUCAACUUCAUUCAAUUUGGAUCUUGAUUUGUUUAAUCUUUUCAAUGACGUUUUUUAAAUUCCAAUCUACUUAAAAGACUUAUAGGUAUCUUUUGCUACAAGAUGACUUGGUAUUUCAAAACAUUUGAUCAUUAUUUUUUUACAGUUAUUUGUUUCCACAAGAUCUAAUUUCACUUCAGUUUGAUUCAACUUGAAUGUUUCUUUUCCUUCAACAAAAAUCAAUGUCUUUAACUUUUGUUUAUUCCCUAAUCUCUUCACUCUUAAGACUUAAUAAACAAACUAGUCUUCAAAAAGAAUUUUCUUUUGUGGUUCCAUAACUUUAUUUAAUUUCCUUGACUCUGAGCAUAUUCUUUUGUUUAGACAUUUUAAUUUUUUUCUUUGAUACACAAAAAGUAAAUCAACUUUCAUAUUCUUUGUUUUAGCAUUUGUAUACAAAUUAUAAUAAUAAAAAUCUUAUUCUUCCACAAAUCAGUUUCUUUGACUUCUCUUCUAUAGAGAAUCCUGUUUUAUUUGCUUUGUAAUUUAUAUUAUACAUAGAUAUCUUUUAUAUUUAUAAAUCUAGAUGUGAUGUAAAAUUGAGAUGAUAAAAAAGUAAAUUCUUAAAAUG